AUGGUGAGGAUAAGUAUGAAUGCGUCUUCUGCAAAAUGUGAACAGGAGAGAACAGCACCGGCGUUUGCAAUUGGAAGCCAUUUGCGCUACAUUUCAUUCCCGAAUGUCCAUGACACUGUUGCCAACGAAAUGGCUCGUGGUCAACAGAAGAUUCAAGCUCAGCAAAAGAAUGCCAAGAAACAAGCAGAAAUGAAAAAGAACACUGUUGAUCAAAAGAAGUCAGCUAGCAAAGCGUUGAUCUACUCGUGCCCGGUCACUUUGAAAAUAAGCAUCCGAAGAACACCCUUCCUCAAGAGCUACUGGAGAUUCCUUGAAGGCCACAUUCGCACCUCCUUGUUCUCAUCCACGAGUGCGUCUCGGUCUCUACCCAGAUGGUCAUUUCUCUAUUGA